AUGGAUUUCUUUGUGUUUCUUCUUUUCUCCCUCUUGGGUCUCUCUUCUUCUUCUAGUUCCAUAUUGGACCUUGACCUAGCCAAGUUUACGACACAGGAAUAGGUGUCAACACUCUUCCAACUGUGGAAAAAGGAGCAUGAACGUGUCUACCAGAGCCAAGAAGAAGAUGCAAAAAGGCUUGAGGUUUUUCAUAAGAAUUUGAACUGCAUCAGACAAAUGAAUGCAAACAGAAAAUCAACCCAUUCCAAUCGUUUGGGGUUGAACAAAUUCGCUGACAUGACUCUAGAAGAGUUGAGCAAAAUGUACUUGCAAGAUCCGAAGGAUGUGUACGUCAACAUGGCCAACAAGAAAAUGAAGAAGGAAAAAUUCUCUUGUGACGAUGCACCUGCAUCAUGGGACUGGAGAAAGAAGGGUGUCAUCACAGAAGUAAAGAACCAAGGGCACUGCGGAAGUGGAUGGGCCUUUUCUGCUACUGGAGCCAUAGAAGCAACAAACGCAAUAGUUACAGGCAACCUUGUUAGCGUUUCUGAACAAGAAAUCAUAGAUUGUGUGUAUAAAGCCAGCGGUUGUGAGGGUGGAUAUCACUUCCAUGCAUUCGAAUGGGUUAUAGAAAAUGGUGGGAUUGCCACAAAAGUUGAUUAUCCUUAUACAGCAGAAAAUGGCCCCUGCAGAGCCAAUUUGGAACAAAACACGGUUACAAUUGUCAGUUUUGAUGGUCUAAUAAUAACAAAUUAUAGUUCAGCAGCACUGUUGUGCGCCACCUUUGAGCAACCAAUUAGUGCGGCCAUGGACGGAAGGGAUUUCUUUUUCUACACCGACGGCGUAUGUGAUGGAGGAAAUUGUUCAAGUCUAGGGAUAAACCACUUUGUUUUAAUUGUGGGUUAUGGCUCAGUGGAUGGUGUAGAUUAUUGGAUCGUGAAAAAUUCAUGGGGAAUGGAUGGUUACAUUUGGAUUCAAAGAGUGGCGGGAGUUUGUGGGAUGAACUUUUUUGUUGCUUUCCCAACAGCGACACAUGUCUCUCCGCGCGUUAAACCUGAUCAAAGAGUGGAUGAUUACUCUCCUCUUCGAACUAUGAACUUCGUAUUCAUCAGUGCUUGUUUGCUUAGAAACAAGCAUCCUAUGUUUGAUUCUGUGUGA